UGCCAUUGACCAAGAAGUCCGCGUCCGAAGACCGAUGCGUGGGAAUGCGUCACUGGGGCUGAUGCCAAGGAUAUUACCAACGGCAGUUGUAAGACAACGAUUCGUCACCGUUGGCGGCGGCGGCAGAAAACGACAAACGGCAGCAGAACCAGCGUCCGGAAACCCCCCACCUCCCAAAGAUAAUGGGCACCAAAGCAAACAGGUGAACCCCUCCCCCCACAGAGGCCGAAAGAGCAAGAAACGGUCGGUCUGUGACCGAACAAACGAACGGGGUGUGCGAAGUAGAGGGAGCCGCACGCGCUAGGCGACCAGGCAUGUCGAAUUAGGCUAUCGGGUGGAGGCUUUCGAAUUUUACGCUUAUUGCCAUAGUUUGCGGGCUAAUUCGGAAUGGAGCGGUGGCUGGAGGCGCGGGCGGGUUUGCGAUCAUCUUCAAGCCCGCCUGGCAGUUUCUUUCUUUUUUUUCUUCUUUUUUUUUUCUGCC